GAGUCAGAACCAUUUGCAGUCUGCAGACACUUGUCCGUUAGUACCCACAGCGACAACAACUAUAAUAGAAGUGGUCAAUUUCAAUAUUACUGUUUGUUAUACGUUAUACCUAAAUAAUAAUUGUGUUAAUAAUAUUUACCUAAAAAAAAAAAAUAACUAACAAAUAUGAAAUCAACUAUAUCGAUAUUGUUAUGUUUAAUCGCUUUCUUUGGAUCAAGUACUGGUCUAAAAUGCUACACUUGUGGCUGGUGGAGCAAAAAUUGUGGUGACCCAUUCAUGAAAGAUGAUUAUCUUUUAGUUGAAUGUAAUACUAGAGCGAUUAAUGAUUUCAACCACGAACUAGGCAACACCCUAAAUACUGCAAGUAAUGCUCUACAAAAUUUCGCAAAUCAAGUAGGUUUCAACAUCAAUCAUAACAACAAUUUCAAUUUGCCUAUCAUUAGUGAAGAUUCAGUUGGAUGCACAAAAGUAGUACUCAAACACGGAGAAGAUAUUGUACGAGUGGCUCGAGGAUGCGUUUAUAACAAAGCAGACUUGUGCAAAGGAAUGCAAAGACUCGACGAUGAGCUGAAAACCCUCAAGUACUGUGGUUCGUGCGACGACGAUGGUUGUAACGGUUCUAGGUCGUUGAAGUCUUCGGCGGUCGCGAUAAUUUUGACUGCGAUGGCCACGUGUCUAUUCUAUGGGCUACAGCACUAAUAAUAAUAUCGUAAUAGAAACCCAAACGCAAUACUGUUUUCAUUAAAAUUGAAAAGUGUACCUGAUAACUAUGUUUUGUUAUAUUGUCUUAAACUGUUAGCUUAUUCAACCACACAAUAAUAUUUUAAUUUAGAAUACACCCAUGCAUUAUGUAUGCACGUAUGCAUACAUUUUAUAUACCUGCGGAAAUGUUUUCAUUAUUUUCUUUACUUUUUACGUUGUAUUAUAAUAUUAUUCUAAAGAAUAUGUUUACAUAUAUAUUAUUUAAACGUAGCAUACCUACAUAAUUAUUGAAUGUUUUUGUUUUUUAUGUCAAUUACCUAUAGGUAGAUUAUAAUAUUAUAUAUUGGUACAGGAUUUAAUUUUUUUUUGCAAUUUAUUAUAAUAUACUUAAUGUAUUAUAUAUUAUAAAUAGCUGUAUAAUGUAUAACAGUGUAUACCUAUUGGAUUUGAUAAUGUAUUAUGUAUGCACUAAUGCACUAUGCGGUAAACUGACGAAAUUACAAUUAUGUAUAUAACAUAACUUGUGGUCUACUGCACAAAAUGAAUUGUUUAGCCGGUUAUUCAAUUAUAAGGUGAUAAAUAAGAAUAAGUUAUGUCGAAUAUUAAUUAUUUAAUACAUAUAUUUAUAAUUUAUAAUUAUUUACACAUAAUUUAAAAUUAAUUUAAGAAAAUAUUGUAUUUUUGAGAAACGCUUUAGAGGUGAUUUAUUGUUAUUUAUAUGAUUAUACCUUCCCACAAAAGUCGAGUGAUUGCUGACUGUUGUACAUUCUACUGAUUAUACCUUUUUUUGCAUGUAUUCGGUACGGUUUUUAUACCCGGAAAGAAUAUAUAAAUUCACUAUUCAGUAGCUAUUUACACAUUUAAUAUUUAUUGUUGUUAAGUUUAAUUAAAAUGAAAAACAUUUUCCUUCUGAAUUAAGGCCAACAAGAUUUGCUUAAUGUCACGGACUACCAUUUUUAUUAGUAAAUAUAUUUAUUUAAUACUUAUUGAA